AAAGUUCCGACGAGAACUCUGACAGCAUCUAUUCUAAGUGGGCUGCAUGACAACAACAAGCGGCCAACUUCAGAUAAUGUGAUUUGUGUGCUCGAAGGGUCCAAACGGCGGGAUGAGCGCCGAUAACACUUGUCCGGACGUAUCGGUUCCCCUGAGGAAUCUCUUAAAUUCUGUACAGUGCAUUCGGGACCGUGUUAAAGAUGGAGAGUCAAAUGAAUCAAGUGGUGGCUUUAACCUCCAGAAUUUCUGGGAUACGCUGAGCCAAGCAGUCAAAGCGGCUUCGCAAGAGGCCACAAAGCUCAGCCUUUCCUUCUCGAAGCCUCCUCUGCCUUCUCCACAGGACUGUGAGAGAUUGGCCGAGUCCAUUCAAAAAAGCGUCCUGGCUCUGUCCACAGUGUAUUACUGGCUACCGAAGAGCCAAGGCAUGACGCUGCGCAGAGUGGUCAGAGAUGGGACGGCUGAUGUUCUAGACGGCCUGAUCCAGCUCAUAGACAUCAUCCUCAGCUCUCCCUUACAGAGUUUGUCCCAGGAGCAGCUGACUUCUACGGGGGGUGUUUGGUUAUCCUGUGACCGCUUUGCUCAUUUGCCCCGAGAUAACCAGGCCGCUGUGCUGGACGUCCUGCUCUCCUGUACUGCAGUUGUGAAGGAUGCCCUGGAGGAGAUGGAGCAGGCCCAGGCAGAAAGCCAGGAUCCUUUCAGUGAUGUAUUGGAGGAAGAGGACCUGGUUUCCCGGGGCAACCAGGAUACAUAUUGGUCUGAGUCAGACCGGCAGCUCCUGGGUCCUUGCCGAGGUCUAAUGAAGGCGUCCGCGGCUUGCCUGAAGAAGCUGUCCACCGCAGUAAAAUCCAACGGGAACGUGGGCACCGCCGAGAACAUUGCACAAUUGGACGAUCUCGCCGACAUCGCCAAGGAAAUCAGCCCCAGUGUGGAUGACCUGGCCCUCAGCCUCUACCCACCUAUGGAUCAUUCGGCAGUGGAGCUUAACGCUUGCAGGCUGGCGUCGGUGUUGAAGAAGGUUCUGGAGAUCACCAGAGCGAGCCAUGUGUGUGUGGAGGCUGAGCUGAGCUGGGUGCAGUUCCUGGACGGGGCUGUGGAUCAUAACCUGCAGAAGGCCAAAACCCUGGCACAGGCAUGCCACUGAGGCCUGGGUUCGAAUGGCGCCUGUGGCCAUAUGCACAUAUGCACAUAGGCCAUAUGCUCUAAACAUGCGCGCCUUGACUUCUUUCUGAAAGCGUAAAGCUUCCUCUGAGAAGAAUGCAAGCUACUUAGGUACACCGUGUAACCUUUCAUUUUCAUAACUGAAUAAAAGAAAGUAUUUAUAUACCUUCUGCUCGAUGGUAUUUAUAUUUAAUAGUAGCCUGACCUGAUUAUAUGCAGACCAUUAAGAGUUGUGUGAAAAAUGUGGGCAUCAUAGUGCUUUGACUUGUGCACUAUAAGCUCAUAUAUAAAGCUUGACUUUGCAUUUGCGAAAUGGAUGUUGGUUCAUUAAUGUUCACUAAAACAUUCUGUGUGCUGUUUAAUAUUCUAUAAUGUCAGGGAUAUGACUUAAGAGGAGAGUACAGUGUUAUUCCAACAGUUCGAAUGUACAGUCCCCUUCAGAAUUAUUGGAAUAGCAAGGCCAAUUCCUUUGUUUUUGCAAUUCACUGAAUACAUUUGGGGUUGAGAUUUAAAAAAAAUUAACACAAAGAUUUCAGCUUUUAUUUCCUGGUAUUUACAUCUAGAUGUGUUAAACUACACAUAGCACCUUUGGUAUCAGACCACCCAAUUUUUAGGUAAGCAAAAGUAUUGAGUAUUUUAGUAAAUGAAAGUAAAUAACACUUAAUAUUUGGUAGCAUAUCCCUAACUGCAUCAACCCACUGACAUCACCAAAGUGUUGCAUUAUUCUUUUGUGAUUAUUUUCCAGGCUUCCACUUUUCCUCCCUAAUGAAGUCCUUUGUUGUGUUGACAGUGUGUUUUGGGUCAUUGUAUUGCUGCAUAAUGAAGUUCCUCUUAAUUAGUUUGCAAGAAGAGGUUAAGGAAGGUUAAUAAACCUUUGUUUCAGA